AGGAUGGAGAUUUUCUUAAUGUUUUGGGUAAAAUAAACACUGGGAAAGGACGCGGGGUGGCGCUGCAGCAUUAGAAGUAGAAGGCGGAAAGCUACCAGGCGGCGCUCCUUUAGCCAGACGCUCUGCUAAAGAAGCAAGCGGGAAGGGGAGGCUUUCUAAGGCGGUCGCUCCGGGAAAUCAGGGCCCUAGGCAUCUCCACUUAUCCCAGUAUUUGCGAGAUACUGGGAGAUAGAGUCAGCGACAACGCGAGCCCGGGCUGGGCCAGGUUUACUGAGACCAGAAGGCGAUGGAGCCUGGAGAGGGAAAGGAACGCUGUCUCAAACAAAGGCAAGUCUUGAUAUUCUUUGUUUUGCUGGGCAUAGCUCAGGCUGGUGCCGAGCCUAGGCACUAUUCAGUGGCCGAGGAAACAGAGAGUGGCUCUUUUGUGGCCAAUUUGUUAAAAGACCUGGGGCUGGAGGUAGAUGAGCUAGCUGCGCGGGGGCCUCGGGUCAUUUCCAAAGGGAAAAAAUUGCGUUUGCAGUUGGAUAGGCAGACCGGGGAUUUGCUGUUAAAUGAGAAACUGGACCGGGAGGAGCUGUGCGGGCCUACAGAGCCCUGUGUACUACCUUUCCAGGUGUUACUGGAAAAUCCCUUGCAGUUUUUUCAGGCCGACCUACGGAUUAGGGACAUAAAUGAUCACUCCCCGGUUUUCCUAGACAAAGAAAUAAUUUUGAAAAUUUCAGAAAGUAUCCCUCUCGGAACUACUUUCCUCAUAGAGCGUGCACAGGACUUAGAUGUAGGAAGCAACAGUCUCCAAAGUUACACAGUCAGCCCCAAUUCGCACUUCCAUCUUAAAUUACAAAACAGUUCCGACGGCAUAAUCUUACCACAGCUGGUGCUGGACAAAGCGUUGGAUCGAGAGGAACAGCCUGAGAUCAGAUUAACCCUCAUGGCACUAGAUGGCGGGACUCCACCCAGGUCCGGCACGGCCCUGGUCCGCAUUGAAGUCUUGGACAUCAAUGAUAACGCCCCCGAGUUUGCAAAGCUGCUCUAUGAGGUGCAGGUCCUGGAAAACAGCCCCAUUGGAUCCCAGGUUGCCAUCGUCUCUGCUAGAGAUUUAGACAUCGGAGCCUAUGGAGAAAUAUCUUAUGUAUUUUCCCAAGCCUCUGAAGAUAUUCGCAAAACUUUUCGCAUAAAUCCAAAAUCGGGAGAACUCCUUUUAACACAGAAAUUGGAUUUCGAAUCCAUUCAGACUUACACAUUAAAUAUUCAGGCGACAGAUGGUGGAGGCCUUUCUGGAAGUUGUGUGGUGUUCGUCCAAGUGAUGGAUUUGAAUGACAACCCUCCGGAACUGACCAUGUCAACACUUAUCAGUGAGAUCGCAGAAAACUUGCAGGAGACCAUAAUUGCUGUCUUCAGUGUUUCAGAUCCUGACUCGGGAGACAAUGGAAGGAUGGUUUGCUCCAUCCAAGAUGACCUUCCUUUCUUCCUUAAACCUUCUGUUGAGAAUUUUUACACGCUAGUGACAUACACAGCCCUAGACCGAGAGACAAGAUCAGAAUAUAACAUUACCAUCACGGUCACCGACAUGGGAUCCCCCAGGCUGAAAACCCAGCACAACAUAACCGUGCUGGUCUCCGACGUCAAUGACAACGCCCCCGCCUUCACUCAAACCUCCUACACCCUGCGGGUCCGCGAGAACAACAGCCCCGCCCUGCACAUCGGCAGCGUCAGCGCCACAGACGCAGACGCAGGCGCCAACGCUCAGGUCACCUACUCGCUGCUGCCGCCCCACGACCCGCACCUGCCCCUCGCCUCCCUCGUGUCCAUCAACGCGGACAACGGGCACCUGUUCGCCCUGCGGUCCCUGGACUACGAGGCCCUGCAGGCCUUCGAGUUCGGCGUGGGCGCCACAGACCGAGGCUCGCCGGCGCGGAGCAGCCAGGCGCUGGUGCGCGUGCUGGUGCUGGACGACAACGACAACUCGCCCUUCGUGCUCUACCCGCUGCAGAACGGCUCGGCGCCCUGCACCGAGCUGGUGCCCAGGGCGGCCGAGGCGGGCUACCUGGUGAGCAAGGUGGUGGCGGUGGACGGCGACUCGGGCCAGAACGCCUGGCUGUCGUACCAGCUGCUCAAGGCCACGGAGCCCGGGCUGUUCGGCGUGUGGGCGCACAACGGCGAGGUGCGCACGGCCAGGCCGCCGAGCGAGCGCGACGCGCCCAAGCACAGGCUGCUGGUGCUGGUCAAGGACAACGGCGAGCCGCCGCGCUCGGCCAGCGUCACGCUGCACGUGCUGCUGGUGGACGGCUUCUCGCAGCCCUACCUGCCGCUGCCGGAGGCGGCGGCCGAGCAGGCGCAGGCCGACCCGCUCACCAUCUACUUGGUCAUCGCCCUGGCCGCGGUGUCGUCGCUCUUCCUCUUCUCGGUGCUCGCGUUCAUCGCGGUGCGGCUGUGCGGGAGGAGCAGGGACGCCUCGCUGGGUCGCUGCUCGGUGGCUGAGGGCCACUUUCCGGGCCACCUGGUGGACGUCAGCGGCACCGGGACCCUGUCCCAGAGCUACCAGUAUGAGGUGUGUCUGAGGGGAGGCUCUGGGACCAGCGAGUUCCAGUUCCUCAAGCCGAUUCUCCCCAACUUCCUUGCUCAGGGUGAGGAGAGGGUUAGUGAGGCAAACCCCAGUUUUAGGGAUAGCUUUGAAUUCAGCUAAGUAUUAAUUAAUAAGGAUCUACUGAGCCUAGUCACAGUUAAUUUGUGGAAAGUCCUUUUUUACUGCCUUGCACAUUGGGGCUGUUUCUUUUCAUUUAAAUGUAACUGUCAUAUUCCAAUUCAGUGCAUGUUACUUGUGUUUAUAAAUGUGUUGCUUUGUGGUAAAAUGAAUGCAAAUUUUCUUUAUAUUCUAUUAUUGAUAAGGCUCAUUGUGACAAUUCGAUUUAAAGCAUGAAAGUAAAUUUUGUAUUUCUGAAGUCUUUCAUUUUUAGGUUAGAGCACCUUUUUCCAAACUCACCUCCCACAGUUCCUAGGUAAUUUUGCAGUCCUACAUUUUUAAACAUUUGCUGUCGCUACAUGGGGUUAUUCUUUUUCUGACCCAGAAUUUUUUGUCUGUAUAUUCUCUUAGGCUAGUGUAACUUUUAUCCUGUGAACUCACUUUGGCUAAAACCAUUAGCCGAGGUAUAGUCAUGAAUAACAGAGCACUCUCUCACAUUUUUCUAAAUAUAUACUUCCUUAAAGUGUCUAUACAUGAAAAUUAUGAUUCUUUAGAGAUCGUGAGAACCUUGACUGUUGGAUUCCACAACCAUUCACAUUAAAAGUGCUCGAUAAAUCAACCACUAAUAUUCUAAAAUGUAGUUAAAUAAAUAGCAUAGGGCAAGUCAUUUUCAAAGACAUGCUAAUUCUUUGUGCUUUCUGUUUCCAAAAAAUUUGUUUAACCUCUACUUAUUUCAAUCUCCCCUUUAAAAAAAAACCUCAGUUUUAAUUAUUAAAAACUAUCUAUUAACGUUGAGCACUUCAUUAAAAUCCAAAAGAUUUGAGGGAAUAUAUGUCUUUGUCCUUGACCAAAUUUUAGAAACUUCAAAUGUAGUGUGGCAUUGCAUUUUUCAAAAGUUUCUGGAGAAUUUAUGAUUCCAUUGGAAAUAAGCCUGUGGGAAAAAUAUUUAUCUUGGUCUGCCCAUUCUACUCUUUUUUUUUUUUUUGCACUGACUACUUCUAUUUUUCCCCUUUCAGUUUCCUAGACUUUUCAAUGCUUUUCUUUUUAGGUGCUUGAGUUAUGUUUCUCAAUAGCUCCCCAUUUAUUGCAUGAUUAGCACAAUGACUGAAAGAUUGUAGGUUCUUAGUAAAAUUUUUGAAUGACUGAAAGAAGAGUCUUUACUUCUCCUGUGAUAGAUUAAUAUUUAAAUAUACUAAAAUACUCAUAGGACAAAAUU